AUGGAGCUGGGAUCUUCUGUGGCGGCCGUGAGGAGCACUAGAGUAUUUCUGGGAGACCAACAAGUCGGACCGGCCGUCAUUCUCAUACGGGAUGGGAAAAUCCACCAAUUGAUAACAGGCGGGGAUGUUCCCAAGGAUGUGGAGGUGUUGGACGCAGGCGAUAGCGUAGUGAUGCCAGGAAUCGUGGACUGUCACGUCCAUGUCAAUGAGCCGGGACGCACCACCUGGGAAGGGUUCUGGACGGCCACUAGGGCGGCGGCAGCGGGAGGCGUCACUACCAUUGUUGACAUGCCGUUAAAUAGUAUCCCUCCGACCACCACGGUUGCUAAUUUCCAAGAAAAGCUACGGGAAGCUACAGGGAAAUGCUUCGUGGACACCGCCUUCUGGGGGGGUGUUAUUCCUGGUAAUCAGUUGGAGCUUCAGCCACUAAUCCAAGCCGGGGUUGCCGGCUUCAAGUGUUUCCUGAUCCACAGUGGUGUAGACGAGUUCCCCCACGUUAACCAAGGAGAUCUGCAAACUGCCAUGGAGCAGCUGAGAGGAACAGGAAGUGUCCUAUUGUUUCACGCCGAGAAGGAAAAUCCCAGUCAGCAAGUAAAACUUGUGCCCACAUCAGACCCGCAGCAGUACAACACCUUCCUGCAGUCUAGACCCGACAUCAUGGAAGUGGAGGCCAUCCGCAGCGUGAUAGAACUCUGCACCGAGUACCAGGUGCGGUGCCACAUAGUCCACUUGUCUUCGGCUCAGUCACUGCCGCUCAUCCAGGAGGCCAAGAAGGGCGGUGCCCCCCUGACGGUGGAGACCACACACCACUACCUGAGUCUGAGUGCGGAGAACGUACCAGCUGGGGCCACGCAGUUUAAGUGUUGCCCGCCGAUUAAAACGGCUCACAACCAGGAUCAAUUGUGGGCGGCACUGAAGGCAGGCUACAUUGACAUGGUGGUAUCAGACCACUCCCCCUGCACGCCGGAUCUGAAGAAACUGGACUCUGGGGACUUCACUCAAGCCUGGGGAGAGAUUUCUUCUCUGCAGUUUGGCUUGCCUCUGUUCUGGAGUUUGGCUAGUAGGAAAGACUUUCAGCUGGGGGACGCUGUGCGUCUUUUGUGCCAGAAUACGGCACAGCUGUGUGGUCUGAGCCAGCAGAAAGGGAGCUUGACACCGGGAUACGACGCUGACCUGGUCAUAUGGGACCCUGAAAGACAAUUUGAGGUCGUUAAGUACUUAAUUUUUUAA